AUGGAAAGCAAGGUGGAAAUUUCCCACUUUCAAAGAACUCUACUAGAAAGAGUCAUGGGCCCACAAAGCGGCCACACCGUCCACCCGUCCGCCCCCCAUAAAAGAAAGAGUUGGAGCAGCCCUAACGCAUUCGACGCCUCCAGCAUCUCCAAAAAGCUUCAAGAUCUCCGACAGAUCAUGAAUGUUGCCGUGGCUCUGCUGCUCAUAGUGCUAUACUGCUCGGGCGCAAUGACGGCCGUGGUGCCAGCCUGCGAAAUUCCGGGGGACGUGGUCGAGGAAACUCACAUCCUUCUCCGAGAUCUGGGGGCGCCCUUUCCUGCGAGAUGCCUGCCGUAUAACGCCAACGUUACUUUCCCUCGUGCUGCCCUCGCAAAUGAAACUCAGUGUCGCCGGGCGUUGCGGAACCUUCGCCGGACGCUGCAGGGGUCGGAGAAAGUUUUCGAGGACAACGAGGCACCCCAGGGAGAUGGCGAAGUGGCGUGGAAUCCGCGCAAAUUGGAGGAUUUCCAGAACCUUCAGAACCGUGUGGUGCAGGAAGCAGAAUGUCUGUCGUCGGCAGGCGCGCGUUCUUAUCCGGAGUUCUCGUCUUACUUCGGCAAUGUGAGCGCGCUUGUUCAGCAGCAGGAGAGCACCGCCUGUGGUUGGUCCAUGCUGCGACGAGACGUGCUCUGGGUCCUAAAAAACAGCCUACAGAAACACCACAGCUGCUUCCGCUGGUGA